UGCCUGUUUGACUCUUAUUGUAAAUAUGUAUUCCGUUAAGCGGCUACUUAAGCCUUAAGCACACAAUAUUUAGUGUUGUUUUAAAAGCAAACCAUUCCACGCAGGGAUAUUAUAAUUUUGACUUUCAACAAGGUGUUUGUGUUUGUUUUUGACGUUAUUUUUGCGACAUGUAAAUAUCAUGUGAAUAUUUUUGGUCGGAAAUAUUUAAAGUGUCACAUACUAAUUAUGUUUUCUACGCCUGAUUUAAUAUUUUGGUGAGACAGUGCUCGCAUACAUGGAGUUCCAUUUGGAUAGCGCAGAAUAUUGCCAAGCUCAACACAAAUAAAUUAUUGAUAAAAAGAGGCAUACCGGCUGCCGUCGAACUUAGUCAUUUUCAUCACAGCUAAAUAGAUAUUGAAUUUGACCUCAUCCUUCAAGACGCCAAAUUAGUACAUCAUAUGUAAUUCUGAGUUUCUCAUCCGUCAAACUGCACUAAAAACUUUUGUUGCGUUCUUCCUUUCAAUUGCUAAGCAUAUCAACCUAGUGUAAAUAAAUAACAAUUGAAAACACAGUAACUUUCUUUAAAAAGACUGAUCUUUUAACUAGUUUUUAUUUUUAAAUAUAUAUUUGGAGAUCAUAAAGUCGGUCUUCUAAAACUUGUGUGAUAUUUAAAGAAAACUCGUGUACGUCGGGGCAUGAAUCAUAAUUCUCAAGGACAAGGAAUCCCUGCAGCCAUGCGUCAAAAAGAUCUUAGACCUGCUGCAGCAGAAAUCGAAUACAAAGGAUUCAAAUUCCUCAUCACCGAUAGACCUGCUGAUCAGACCAUCGUGGGUUACAUCCAGGAGCUGAAAAAACACCGGGUAACGGCUGUAGUGAGAGUGUGCGAACCGUCGUACAAAGUGGAGGAGCUAAACAACCAGAAUAUUGAAGUCUUCGACCUAGGCUACGACGACGGCACCUUUCCGCCAACUAAAAUAGUCGAUGAAUGGUUCAAGAUUCUUAAAAAACAGUUCAAUGACAAUCCCGAUUGCUGCGUAGCCGUUCAUUGCAUCGCUGGGCUGGGGAGAGCUCCUGUCAUGGUGGCUCUGGCUCUUAUUGAGCUUGGACUUAAAUAUGAGGAGGCUGUCGAGUUGAUUAGAGAAAAAAGAAGAGGUGCAAUAAAUGCCAAACAACUAGCAUUUCUGGAAAAAUACCGUCCCAAAUCCAGACUAAAAUCCAAGAAUGGCCACAAGAACUCUUGCUGCGUUCAGUAAAUAAUAUAUCUCUUAAUAUGUGUUCAAAUAGCGACAGGGCACUUACUAAAAUAAUUAUUUCGGUCUCAUGAGAGUUAAAUAUACGUAAUGCUUAUUUUAAAAUAUACAUAAUCAUAAUUGAGCUGAAACAAGUUGUUCACAAAUUAGAAGCUUAACCUGUCUGGAUCCACUUAAUUUAUAAAUUAUAUAUGAUUUUUUAGCUUUUGUUUAGCUGGAAAUUAUUUGUUCCAAUAUAUUCUUAUUAUGAAAAUUCUCAACAUUAAUUUUUACUAACAUUCCCAUAACACAUCUUAUGUAGUUGGCUUAUUCUGCUUCGUAGUUUGGAAUAAUAAUUGUAUUGUCUACAUAUCUCACAUUGCAGAUCUUUCUUCUUUUAGUGUUAUUACUUCAGUAAAUCGGAAAUUUAAUCAGUUCUGUAUUCACUUUCAUAUCAUUAGAUCAAAGGGUUUGCUAUAAUUACUCGUAGUAAAGCACAAUCUGUUUCCUAGUUUCACAUCCCGUUUGCGUAGAAGCUGUAUUGUAGUAAACUACUUUCAGUACAGUGUGUCUACGAGCGUAAUAAGGUUAAAAUAUGUGAAAGUCAGUCGCAAUAUAAAAUGUCUUAUAUAUCAAGUAAAUAUAUUUUAAAAGAGAAACACGCGGCAAGGUAAAUAUACGUAGAUAUUGUACAGGAAACUUAUUUUACUGCUAUAUACGCUAUCAAAUUUGUACUUUGUAUCAAACUUUCAACUGAAUUUUCUCAUAUUUCGUUACCACAAAAAUAAAAUUAAUAUAUACCCACCGGUUUAUUUUAAUAAAACGUAUACCAGAUCAGGAUAAGCGCCUUUGGUGUGAACGGUAGAAAGUCUUCAUUUAUUUAAUAUCGUAAAAACAUUGUGUUCUUGUGUUUGAGCUUUUGAUUAAACAUUGUGAUUUUUGCGUUCAAUUUAUUAAUAGCUAAAAGUUAGUGGCUUCCUUCUAUUGUCCAGCUGUCUGCAAAUUAUGUACUUACCGAAACAACUCAACAAAUUUCAUCAUUUUCAUAUUUUAUAGGAUUUAGACAGUUUUCCUAACUUUUAGCUAAUGAUAAAUAAUAUUUAGCAUAUUUUAGUUUAGUAGCUAAAUUUUUCUUAUUAAAAAAAAUAAAUGUAUUAAUCAAUGUUGAGAAAAUGUAACGUGUAUUCAACUACUACUUACUGCUUAAUUCAUCAACUACACAUCCCACAAAAAUGAUCGAAUCUCAGCAUUUAUGAUCUUACUAGUAGGAUAUAUAUAUAUAUAUAUAUAUA